AUGGAUAAACUGCCACCUAUUUGGGCAUGGAUAACGCACCCGCUAUACCUUUACCAGAGUGCCCAUUUAUCUGUUCUAUUUAUUUUCCUUACGUUCGUUCAUCUCUGUGUGUGCUUUAUAUUAUUAGGUGUAUGCGCCUCUGAUUAUUUAUGUCCAAUAGUGGUGAGGUUGACCAACCAGCGAACAAAGCCGCAGAAAGGCAUCUUUGCAGCACUUUUAUUAGCAUGGUGUAACUCAUCUCCGGAUUUAUUCUCGAACUUAAUGUCAUGGAACUCUGCGAAUAACGCUGCUGCGCUUUCCAUUGGCGAAGUUCUAGGCGCUUGUGGUGUCAUUAUCUGUGUAGUCCAGGGCGCAAUAUUUAUGGUGAUGCAGACAGCAUGGUUUAACCUUCAAGCUUACGAAAGGCAUGCAAUCGUGGUUGAUCUUUUGUUUACAUUGGUGUCUGUGAGCAUUAUUGUCUACGUUUGCGUGACUAAUGAAGUGACUGUUAUGAAUUGCAUAGUGAUGGUAUUGGUUUACAUUACGUACGUUAUCCUGAAAGUAUUUAUUUGGACGCCGCCAAUUCCCUCUAUAGAAGUCUCUAGUCCCGUUACUACAGAAGCACCCACAGUGCCUGAUGGGAUGGGUGCCUUUUCAGGCCUUGAGGAGGUCGGAAGCCAGUAUUUCAUCUCGGACAUUGAUACAGGAAUCAAACCAAGCUUGCUAACUUCCAUGGACUACACGCACUUUCUGAAAGCGUUUGAAAGUACACAUGAGAGUGAGAAUACUGAUUCGAUAUCGAUGGAAACCAUUGGUACAUCCCCACUAAAUAAUCGCCCUGUCACUGAGCCCAGGGGAAGAAAUGACAUGUUCAGCACUACAGACAGUACACAUACUGCACCCGCGAUGUUCCAGCUAUAUUCCGGUGGUUCAGAAUGUUACCAUACGAUUGAACGAACAAGAAGUGCGGACCUCACCAAGUGGAGAUUUGACCAACUACAUGCCAGCAUAUUAUACAUGAUUGCGCCCCAACUAAUGAACUUCACUGAGAAGAGCAGGCUCUCUCAGCUUAUCUCAAUCGUUCUAACUCCAUUUAUGAUCUUAUUAAGGGUAACAAUUCCACAGUACGAAACCUUCAUAGAGCAAACCAGUGAAGCCUCAGAUCUUUACCUUCCGAAGCGUAUUAUCGCCUUAUCCAUGGUCCACGCGAUGCUGGCACCGCUGUGGGCCGUGCUGCUUUUCCUCUCUUUAACAGAGAUCCGUGCUCCAACCGCCCUCUGGCCUUUGGUAGGCUGCGUCUCCUGCCUGCUCCUUUUGGGUAUCUUCAUGCUCCGCAGGUACGUCUCCGCGGCUAACAAGUUUUCACUCACAGAUAGCAUGCCCAUGUCGAUGGAGCGAGCCGAAGGGUUCUCUCGCACCAUGUCUCUCAUCUUCAACGUAAUUGGUAUCUGUUGCAGUAUCCUAUGGAUCUCCUACUUAGCGAACACCCUCAUAGAGAUCAUGAUCCUCUACCAAAGAAUUACGCACGUAUCUGAGGCUAUCCUUGGCCUCACUAUUUUCUCAUGGGGCAACUCUAUUAGUGACUUGAUGUCAAACGUAGCCAUGGCAAAGCUUUACCACAAGUUUCCCGCCGAUGAGGGUGCCCACCUAGACACAAAGUUCUUAACCAUAUCACUAGGUGCUUGCCUUGGCGGGGUUCUAUUGAACACAAUGAUUGGUAUUGGCAUUAGCGGUCUUUUCGCAAUGGUUCCAGCAAGAAAGUGGUCUAUUAUCCUACGUGAAGAGGGCGUAGAUACUAAGUUUUUAGUGUCUGGAGUCGCUAUUCUUCUCCAGAUAAUAUUUCUUAUUUGGUUAUUUACGGCCAAUUUAAGGUUCCUACACUUCCAUUUGAGGGCUGUAGGCUUUGCUAUGUGCGCCUGGUGGUUGUCAGCUACUUUGUUGAACUUAAUUCUUGAAAUCUCCGUUUGA